CGUGACCUCUAGCACAGGCAGUGUUGUGGUUGCCGGUGUGGGCAGAUCUGAUUGACAGAUGUGAGCGUUCCAGGGGUCAGCACACCGGCACCUUCCCAUGUAAGAACCGGAUACACCGUGUACUAAUAUUACUAUAUCAUUAUAUCCUAUAUACUGAGUGUAUUACUAUAUCAUUAUAUCCUAUAUACUGAGUGUAUUAAUAUAUCAUUAUAUCCUAUAUACUGAGUGUAUUACUAUAUCAUUAUAUCCUAUAUACUGAGUGUAUUACUAUAUCAUUAUAUCCUAUAUACUGAGUGUAUUACUAUAUCAUUAUAUCCUAUAUACUGAGUGUAUUACUGUAUCAUUAUAUCCUAUAUACUGAGUGUAUUACUGUAUCAUUAUAUCCUAUAUACUGAGUGUAUUAAUAUAUCAUUAUAUCCUAUAUACUGAGUGUAUUAAUAUAUCAUUAUAUCCUAUAUACUGAGUGUAUUACUAUAUCAUUAUAUCCUAUAUACUGAGUGUAUUACUAUAUCAUUAUAUCCUAUAUACUGAGUGUAUUAAUAUAUCAUUAUAUCCUAUAUACUGACUGUAUUAAUAUAUCAUUAUAUCCUAUAUACUGAGUGUAUUAAUAUAUCAUUAUAUCCUAUAUACUGAGUGUAUUACUAUAUCAUUAUAUCCUAUAUACUGAGUGUAUUAAUAUAUCAUUAUAUCCUAUAUACUGAGUGUAUUAAUAUAUCAUUAUAUCCUAUAUACUGAGUGUAUUACUAUAUCAUUAUAUCCUAUAUACUGAGUGUAUUAAUAUAUCAUUAUAUCCUAUAUACUGAGUGUAUUACUAUAUCAUUAUAUCCUAUAUACUGAGUGUAUUACUAUAUCAUUAUAUCCUAUAUACUGAGUGUAUUACUAUAUCAUUAUAUCCUAUAUACUGAGUGUAUUAAUAUAUCAUUAUAUCCUAUAUACUGAGUGUAUUAAUAUAUCAUUAUAUCCUAUAUACUGACUGUAUUACUAUAUCAUUAUAUCCUAUAUACUGAGUGUAUUAAUAUAUCAUUAUAUCCUAUAUACUGACUGUAUUAAUAUAUCAUUAUAUCCUAUAUACUGAGUGUAUUACUAUAUCAUUAUAUCCUAUAUACUGAGUGUAUUAAUAUAUCAUUAUAUCCUAUAUACUGAGUGUAUUACUAUAUCAUUAUAUCCUAUAUACUGAGUGUAUUAAUAUAUCAUUAUAUCCUAUAUACUGAGUGUAUUAAUAUAUCAUUAUAUCCUAUAUACUGAGUGUAUUAAUAUAUCAUUAUAUCCUAUAUACUGAGUGUAUUACUAUAUCAUUAUAUCCUAUAUACUGAGUGUAUUACUGUAUCAUUAUAUCCUAUAUACUGAGUGUAUUACUAUAUCAUUAUAUCCUAUAUACUGACUGUAUUAAUAUAUCAUUAUAUCCUAUAUACUGAGUGUAUUAAUAUAUCAUUAUAUCCUAUAUACUGAGUGUAUUACUAUAUCAUUAUAUCCUAUAUACUGAGUGUAUUAAUAUAUCAUUAUAUCCUAUAUACUGAGUGUAUUACUAUAUCAUUAUAUCCUAUAUACUGAGUGUAUUAAUAUAUCAUUAUAUCCUAUAUACUGAGUGUAUUACUAUAUCAUUAUAUCCUAUAUACUGAGUGUAUUACUAUAUCAUUAUAUCCUAUAUACUGAGUGUAUUAAUAUAUCAUUAUAUCCUAUAUACUGAGUGUAUUACUAUAUCAUUAUAUCCUAUAUACUGAGUGUAAUAAUAUAUCAUUAUAUCCUAUAUACUGAGUGUAUUACUAUAUCAUUAUAUCCUAUAUACUGAGUGUAUUACUGUAUCAUUAUAUCCUAUAUACUGAGUGUAUUAAUAUAUCAUUAUAUCCUAUAUACUGAGUGUAUUAAUAUAUCAUUAUAUCCUAUAUACUGAGUGUAUUAAUAUAUCAUUAUAUCCUAUAUACUGAGUGUAUUAAUAUAUCAUUAUAUCCUAUACACUGAGUGUAUUAAUAUAUCAUUAUAUCCUAUAUACUGACUGUAUUAAUAUAUCAUUAUAUCCUAUAUACUGAGUGUAUUACUAUAUCAUUAUAUCCUAUAUACUGAGUGUAUUACUAUAUCAUUAUAUCCUAUAUACUGAGUGUAUUACUAUAUCAUUAUAUACUAUAUACUGAGUGUAUUACUAUAUCAUUAUAUCCUAUAUACUGAGUGUAUUAAUAUAUCAUUAUAUCCUAUAUACUGAGUGUAUUACUAUAUCAUUAUAUCCUAUACACUGAGUGUAUUACUAUAUCAUUAUAUCCUAUAUACUGAGUGUAUUAAUAUAUCAUUAUAUCCUAUACACUGAGUGUAUUACUAUAUCAUUAUAUCCUAUAUACUGAGUGUAUUAAUAUAUCAUUAUAUCCUAUAUACUGAGUGUAUUAAUAUAUCAUUAUAUCCUAUAUACUGAGUGUAUUACUAUAUCAUUAUAUCCUAUACACUGAGUGUAUUACUAUAUCAUUAUAUCCUAUAUACUGAGUGUAUUACUAUAUCAUUAUAUCUAUAUACUAGUGUAUUACUAUAAUUAUAUCUAUAUACUGAGUGUAUUACUAUAUCAUUAUAUACUAUAUACUGAGUGUAUUACUAUAUCAUUAUAUCCUAUAUACUGAGUGUAUUAAUAUAUCAUUAUAUCCUAUAUACUGAGUGUAUUAAUAUAUCAUUAUAUCCUAUAUACUGAGUGUAUUAAUAUAUCAUUAUAUCCUAUAUACUGAGUGUAUUACUAUAUCAUUAUAUCCUAUACACUGAGUGUAUUACUAUAUCAUUAUAUCCUAUAUACUGAGUGUAUUACUAUAUCAUUAUAUCCUAUAUACUGAGUGUAUUACUAUAUCAUUAUAUCCUAUACACUGAGUGUAUUACUAUAUCAUUAUAUCCUAUAUACUGAGUGUAUUACUAUAUCAUUAUAUCCUAUAUACUGAGUGUAUUACUAUAUCAUUAUAUCCUAUAUACUGAGUGUAUUAAUAUAUCAUUAUAUCCUAUAUACUGAGUGUAUUAAUAUAUCAUUAUAUCCUAUAUACUGAGUGUAUUACUAUAUCAUUAUAUCCUAUAUACUGAGUGUAUUACUAUAUCAUUAUAUCCUAUAUACUGACUGUAUUAAUAUAUCAUUAUAUCCUAUAUACUGAGUGUAUUACUAUAUCAUUAUAUCCUAUACACUGAGUGUAUUAAUAUAUCAUUAUAUCCUAUAUACUGAGUGUAUUAAUAUAUCAUUAUAUCCUAUAUACAGCAUCACUGACACUCAGUGUAUUAAUAUAUCAUUAUAUCCUAUAUACAGCAUCACUGGCACUCAGUGUAUUAAUAUAUCAUUAUAUCCUACAUACAGCAUCCCUGGCACUCAGUAUAUCGAUAUUUAUUUUUAUAUAUAUUUAUAUAAAUAAUCUCCUCCCCUAUAAUACAUAAGUAUGUAUGUAUGUAUGUAUAUGUGUGUAUACAUACAUACAGACAGGUCCAUAAAUAUUGGGACAUAGACACAAUUCUAAUCUUUUUUGCCCUAUACACCAACACAAUGGGUUUGAAAUGAAAUAAACAAGAUGUGCUUUAAUUUGAGGGAAUUUACAUCCAAACCAGGUGAACGGUGUAGGAAUUACAAGUUUGUAUAUGUGCAUCACACUUUUUAAGGGACCAAAAGUAAUGGGACAGAAUAACAGUCAUAAAUCAAACUUUCACUUUUUAAUACAUGGUUGCAAAUCCUUUGCAGUCAAUUACAGCCCGAAGUCUGGAAUGCAUAGACUUCACCAGAGACUGGGUUUCAUCCCUGGUGAUGCUCUGCCAGGCCUCUACUGCAACUGUCUUCAGUUCCUGCUUGUUCUUGUGGCAUUUUCCCUUCAGUUUUGUCUUCAUCAAGUGAAAUGCUUGAUCAAUCGGAUUCAGGUCAGGUGAUUGACUUGGCCAUUGCAUAACAUUCCACUUCUUUCCCUUAAAAAAACUCUUUGGUUGCUUUUGCAGUAUGCUUCCGGUCAUUGUCCAUCUGCACUGUGAAGCGCUGUCCAAUGAGUUCUGAAGCAUUUGGCUGAAUAUGAGCAGAUAAUAUUGCCUGAAACACUUCAGAAUUAAUCCUGCUGCUUUUGUCAGCAGUCACAUCAUCAAUAAAUACAAGAGAACCAGUUCCAUUGGCAGCCAUACAUGCCCAUGCCAUGACACUACCACCACCAUGCUUCACUGAUGAGGUGGUAUGCUAUGGAUCCAUACUCUUCUCUUCCCAUCACUCUGGUACAAGUUGAUCUUGGUCUCAACUGUCCAUAGGAUGUUGUUCCAGAACUGUGAAGGCUUUUUUAGAUGUUGUUUGGCAAACUCUAAUCUGGCCUUCCUGUUUUUGAGGCUCACCAAUGGUUUACAUCUUGUGGUGAACCCUCUGUAUUCACUCUGGUGAAGUCUUCUCUUGAUUGUUGACUUUGACACACAUACACCUACUUCUUGGAAAGUGUUCUUGAUCUGGCCAACUGUUGUGAAGGGUGUUUUCUUCACCAGGCAAAGAAUUCUUCCGUCAUCCACCACGGUUGUUUUCCGUGGUCUUCCGGGUCUUUUGGUGUUGCUGAGCUCACCGAUGCGUUCUUUCUUUUUAAGGAUGUUCCAAACAGUUGAUUUGGCCACACCUAAUAUUUUUGCUCUCUCUCUGAUGGGUUUGUUUUGUUUUUUCAGCCUAAUGAUGGCUUGCUUCACUGAUAGUGACAGCUCUUUGGAUCUCAUAUUGAGAGUUGACAGCAACAGAUUCCAAAUGCAAAUAGCACACUUGAAAUGAACUCUGGACUUUUUAUCUGCUCCUUGUAAAUUGGAUAAUGAGGGAAUAACACACACCUGGCCAUGGAACAGCUAAGCAGCCAAUUGUCCCAUUACUUUUGGUCCCUUGAAAAGUGGGAGGCACAUAUACAAACUGUUGUAAUUCCUACACUGUUCACCUGAUUUGGAUGUAAAUACCCUCAAAUUAAGGCUGAAAGUCUGCAGUUAAAGCACAUAUUGUUCAUUUAAUUUCAAAUCCAUUGUGGUGCUGUAUAGAGCCAAAAAGAUUAGAAUUGUGUCGAUGUCCCAAUAUUUAUGGACCUGACUAUAUAUACCCCCCUACAUACAGCAUUACUGGUACCCAGUGUAUAUAUAGCUUCCUACACACAGCUAUUCAAUGAAUACUGAUAGACAGUGUGACACUGAGCAUUACUUGUACUCAGUAUAUAUAGCUUUCUACACACAGCCAUUCAGUGAGUGUUCAUACACAGUGUGACACUGAGCAUUACUGGCACUCCGUGUAUAUAUAGCAUCCUACACACAGCCAUUCAAUGAGUACUGAUAGACAGUGUGACACUGAGCAUUACUGGUACCCAGUAUAUGUAGCUUUCUACACAUCCAUUGCAUGAGUACUUGAUGUAAACUGUCACAACAUGGGAUACUGCACAGAGUAUUCUGUACAUACCAUAAACUGAUUUAUUAUUUAAUCUGUACACCCUGAAUUAUGUUCCUCAAAGUGUACUCCGCACACGUAAAUUGAUUUGCUACACUUUAUAAACUACAUAAUCUGUUUCACUAUGUAAUCUGUACGCUUAAUGUUAAUUCACUCACUGUAUAAUCUGUACACACGCCAUAAUCUGGUUCCUGGUGUAAUGUGCACACACUGCAUGCUCUGCUUCCUGAUGUAAUCUGCACAUAUGCCGUGUAGCGGAUGGCCAUGAGCUGCCCUGAGACUUGUAUUAUGUGUAACCUGUAUUCGUCUAAUUGCUAAAUGUCUAUGCAGUAAGGGAAUGUAUUUGUGUAAAAUAGCUAAAUUCUAUGUGUAAAAUGUAUUGGAUUCGUCUGAAUGUUGGGUAGUUUCAUUCCCUUAGUUUGUUCGAAUGAAACUACCGAACAGUCAGACCUCCCCUGUGUGAAGUGUGCCUUCAAUUACCCGUUGCAACAUUGUUGCGAACGGGUAAUUGACAAGCUGUGUAGCAAUCCUUUGUUCUCAGGGGUGGCCGCCAUUCGAGAAACGAACACGUGGCGGCGGCCAUCUUAACCUCCCGAACAGCGGUGUUUUGCCGUCGAGUGUCUGGAACUAAAAUCGGACACUCGAGUAGGCGAACACCGCUGAGACCUCCAUCAGCCCGGUCCGUUCGGUUCCAAACUACCGAACGGCCCCUCGUUCGGUAGGCAUAAUCAACCGAACGAGGGGAUUCAGGCGAACCCUCCCAAGCCUCUAUAGCUGGAGGCUUUCAGGUACUUCAUUCGCCUUUUCCAGGACCGACUGCAGGGCCCAAUCGCAUGGAGCCCAAUUCGGCUAGUUCAUCUAGCACGGUUGGUCAUUUUAUUCCCUCCAGGAAAUUCCCGAACCCCUGGUCCAAUCUGAGUGAUUUUUGGAUAUGUUCACCCAGAUCAGGGCUACCAGGGGAUGUAUAAUUUAAAGGGGUACCCCUAGGUUUAGGGGUACAUCCAGAAACGGGGGGAAUUGCUGUACUGGAUAAGGGGAUUAUGAUGCCGGCUGAGGGGAGGAGAUGUGUGGGAGGUUACCGGGACAGGAUUGGCUACUGUAUUAAUGAAUGGAAAUCCCUCCCUUGCAUGGGAGCAUGCUAUAUAAGGCACUGUGGAAUAAAGGUUGUCAGUUCUGCUCCUGAUGCUGUGUGUCGUCCAGUCAUUGGGAUUGCUGUGGGGAUACUAUUGGAUUAUUUUGCCUGCUGGAAACUUUGCCUGUGGAUUUAUAAUUUACUUGUUCCUGAGCCUCACUGGGAUCUUAAGCGGAGAUAACCUGGGGAAUAUUGUAUCUCCGCUACAUGCUGUAAUCUGCUUCUUGUGUAAACUGUGUACACGCUUUAAUCUCCAAACACUGCAUGACCUGUUUCCUGAUGUAACCUGCACACACGCUGUACUCUGCUUCAAGGUGUAAUCUGCGUACAUGCCGUAAUUUGCUUUAUGGUGUAAUCUGCCUACACGCCGUAAUCUGCUUCAUUGUAUUAUCUGUACACACUCCAUAAUUGGCUUCUCUAUAUAAUAUGUACUCACUGUAUAAUCUUAUUAUAUAGAAUUUUUACAUUGUAAUCUGUGCACACUGAAUAAUCUGUUCAGCACCCUAAUCUAUACAAAUGGCAUGAUCUACUUCACAGGGUAAUCUCUGUUUAUGGCAUCUGUACUCACAGUAUGGCCUACUUCACAGUAUAAUCUGUACACACAGUAUGGCCUACUUCACAGUGUAAUCUGUACACACAGUGUGACCUACUUCACAGUGUAAUCUGUACACACAGUGUGACCUACUUCACAGUGUAAUAUGUACACACAGUGUGACCUACUUCACAGUGUGAUCAUUGAACGUAACAUGGUCUUCUUCACAGUGUACUACAAGGCACUAAUUCAGCGUUUAUUUGUUGCACAUGAAGCAGAUUAGUAUUGUUAUUGCAUAAACUGCAAGUCUAAAUGUAUGUAGAUAUUUAUUCCUGUAUGCAUGUUUGUACAGAUGUGUCUACUUUUUAAAGCUGUCACCAAAUUCACCAGUGCUUCUCCCAAGUUUUGGGCUCUGGAUUAGCCCCUGGUACCCUUUAAAGUACCCUCCAUACAGGCUUUUAAAUGCAUUUGAUAGGUUUUGGCUUCAGAUUAAUGCUAGUUUUCUCCAUGUUAAAAUGUCUUUAGUUUUGCUAUUUAAAAAAAAAAAAAAAAAAAUUUCCACAGAGUAACCCUGCUCCCUUUUACAAUAACCGUGUCUGCAACACCUUUUAUUUAUUUUUUUAAUAAAGAAGGAUGGCCUUAGCUGUUUUCAGGCACUUUAGACUGGUGGUGGGUAUGAUGCAUGCUACCUGUCUUACACUUUAACCCCUUAAGGACACAUGACAUGUGUGACAUAUCAUGAUUCCCUUUAACCCCUUAAGGACCAAACUUCUGGAAUAAAAGACCAAAUGCUAUACUAUGUUGUCAUCACUAUCAUGUCCCUGUCUACCAUGCCAAAAUGGAAGCCACUUAGUACGCAUUCUCUACUCUAUACAGCUCUAUAGUUAGUCUGCGGCUCAUUCCAUUUUGGAAUGUAAACCUUAGAGAAUAAAUUGUUCUAAUAUCAUAGACUGUCAGUGGUCCAUAAGGGAGUAAUCACACAUUGGAUACUUAAUACUGUAAUCUUUAUCCACAACUGUUUUCAGACUGCACUGUGUGUAACAUAAGCGUUUUAAAUGAUUCUACUACAUAAUCUGAUCUACUUCACAGGAAGCAAUUGCAAACAACCCGGUCUACCACACAUACACACACAACUUCAAAUGAAACUUCACUUGUAGGUGGAGCAAUAUCCCUUGUUCUAAUGUGUAACUCCUUUAGAUAAAAUUCUUAUUGUUCCAAGAUUAAUGGAUAACCACAAACGUACCCAAUUCAUUUCUUGGAAAAUAAAGGUAUUCGCUGCCUUAAAGGGUAAGGCAGUCCGCAAGAAGGAGGGAUCUGGGUUUGUGUGUGCUCCAUCCAAUGUGAGUAGAAUUUCCAUUAGCAGAUAUAUUUCUGUGAUCUAUUUUUUUUUCUCUACAAAAACUAAGGGAUCUCUUGACCAUGAACUGAAUCUCACUUUGCAAAAUAUAGACAAAAAUAGCUGAAUACAGAAAUUGUUCUUCUUGGUUACAGCUUUAUUUUAGGCUAAAAAUAUGGUUUUCCGUUUGCCGUGAAUAAACUUGUACUUUGAUUCCUGUGUAUUGGCUUUUAGCACAUUGACUGAGUAACUUACUAUUGUCCCUUAAGUGUGUGUACACCUCUCUUUCGAAACAUUUUAUUCGCACAAUUAAAUGUAUUUUUUGUUUUGGCGACUCAUGUUCCAAGUUUGCAGGUAGUGCUUCGAAUACCUUAUGGCAGAUGUUGUUCUUAACAUUGUACCAUUACACCCAGCAUGGUUCUUGUUCAAACUAUGCUGCUUUUUUUUUUUUUUGUCCAAAACAUGUAUGUGGUUCGUGUCGCUCCCCUCAACACUAGGCUACCACCAGUUCGUGGAUUCACACUGUCUUAAUGCGCACCUUUUUUUUUUUUUUUGCCUCUCAGGUUUUUUUUCUCUUCUUUUAUUUAUCUUGAUAUUGCUCGUUUUUGUCUGUUGAUAUUGUCACGGAACAAAAAAAUUCCCAGUGAUCACUUGUUUCAUGGGGUAUUAUUUGCAGAGUGAGCAUUUCACUUGUAUUUGAUUUUCUUACGAUGUUUUGUGAGACAGACUGGCAUUUUAGACCAGUUAUGAUCAGUAUCCUAAUACACCACUCCUGUCUGUCUCAUGCUGAAUCCCAUCAAGUUUAGUGUGAUUCCCUCUACCCCAGUACACAUUUUACCAGGAUUGUCCACUAGAAUGUGAAUUGCAGGGAAUUCAAAGUGAAUUUCACAUUUUAGGACAAAAUGACUUUAAUUGGAAUAAGUUGACAAUAUUUUUGGUAGAGAAGUUUUGGACAAGAAUUUUUAAUUUUUAAUUCCCACUAUAUUGAAUACCUUUGCUUGACUCUGUUUUUGUGUGUGAUUUAUUUUUUUUAAUUUUUUUUUCCUCAUUCGAUUGGUAUGAUAUCAAGCACACGUUCAGUUUUGUUUGUUAGGCUCACUUACUCUUUAUAUAUUUUUCUUAGGGCACAUUUAUGAUAUUGGUGAAGGCAAAACCGCAAUUCUUGAGGUGACGAAAAACCAUUGUGCAGCAGGAAAAUGGUGAGUGUAAGCCUACAUAUAGCAGUAUUAAAGUAAUAUACCCUUAUUAUAAUACAGAAAUACAAAAUAUUGUGAGACACGUUGUUUUCUCGUUUGAAAUAUCAGUGAAGAAAAUGUUUUGUAUAUGUCCUAAUGUCCGUAUGUUUUAUUUCAGUGACUGCUCAAUCACAUAUAGUUUGAUUUUAUAUUAUGUUGAUACAAAUAGUAAUCUAGAGAACAGUAAACGUAGACUAGUCACUAAUUAAAGCAAGAUGCUCUAGGCUAGUAAAUAAAGCAUACACCUGUCUGCAUUUAAUGCGCUAUAACUGCUUGAAAGGACUGUGCCCCUUGCUCUUUAAACUAUAGUGGAUAUCCCUUUAAACCUAGAAAUCGGCAUACUGACAUUCAAAACCUUUUGUCUUUGAAAGAAUAAUGUGCCUUCUAAAAACUGUUACUUGCAAAUACAAACAAAAACUGGUAGCAAUGUUCAUCAAACAGUUAACUGAUCAGAUAAUUUCCAAUUGUCGGUAUAGAUCGCCAAACUGGAAAAAUUACCCAUCGCAGAUUUUUCUAGCAUGACAAUUUUGACGUUAAAUGUUCUGUUCAGUUCACUGUUGUAUGAAUAGCCUCUGUAGAAAUAUGAGGUUCUAGGUAUUCCAAAAACCAAUGCUGAAUCUGAUGCAUAUUUUCUUUACCUGCGCUUGUGUUGUGUGCGUUACAAUGAAAAUGUACUGACAUCAUUUUAUGCAGUUUCACAGUAAAUAUUUUUUUCAAUAACUAUAAAUAGACUAAUGCAUGUAUUAAAUAAUAGGAAUAAUGAUCAGACAUGGAAGAGGAGGCAGAAUUGCUCUGGUCCGGUUUUGAAAGCUAGCCUUACGUUAUGUAUAGGGUUGUAUAGAAAUGUUGGUAAUAAAAUAUUACUGGAACGAAGUCGGGGUAACUGUUAUUAAGCAUUUUAUCAAUAAUAGGGAUCGGCUUUGUAAUUUAACGAUAUUACCAAUAACUUACUCACCUCUCCCAGUCGCCACACGCUGUCUUCUGCAUCUGGAAGCUCUGGCUGCCAACCAAUAAGGACCGAUGCUGUGACCUCACAUCACCCCUUUCUGUGAGUCACUGCAUGCGGAGCUCACCUGAAGGCAGGGAGGUGACAGCGAAUAAUCUACUGUAAUGUACUGGGCUGGCUGAUCGUGAUAGGAGUGUGAUUGCUCUCAGCAAGUUAAGUUAAUACCAGAUUUGUAUAGAAAUUAUGUUACUUUUUCAAAACUUUAGAUGUACAGAAUAUCAGCACCAGCCAGUUACCAGCGAUCGGCCACUCUGGAAAAAUAAGUCAAUCCCUAGAAAAAAAAACUCAUAAUAUUUUAAAUUUUGUUGUUAAAGGGUUAUGCCUAAAUUAUUUUUGGCCCACUCUGCUGCUAAGCUGUAGAGCUGGAAAGUGGGUAUACAACCAGGAGAAUUAUCCUAUUGAUAACUGCAGUUGAAAGUGUUUUGGGAAUUUUCUUCUAUUUUGCUGUAAGAUGGCAUGUCUUUGUGGUUUUUAUGGUAACCAGUAAAUUGAUAAAGCAGAUCCGUAUCAGGGGAGAAUUGAGUGAGAUAGAAAGGUUUGACAUCGGCAUUAAUAAUUAAUGGAGAUAGAGGCUGUUAAAAGGGAUUACGGACUCCUUAUUAAUAACAUGCUGUCAUUUUAAAUAGACUGAAACUUUGGAUUUGUCAGCCACAGAAGUUUAUUUGAAAAAGGAUUUUAAUAACUAGAUCAGAUUUUACACUGAGCUUUGAACCAAAUAAACUGAACUUUAAAUCGGUUUCAAAUGUCUUCACGAGGUUUAAUCUUGAAUGUAAACUUCUGAAUAGUUGAUUUUGCCAUAAAAGGAAAAGUGUAACCUUGUAAAAGUCAAACGAUUAACCUGAACAAUUGUAUCUAAAUGUUGACCUGGUUUAUUGACUUUAACUUUGUAGAUAAACUAUUUCUAAGUGCUUUGUGAUAUUUGUUUGUCCUUGUGUGUUAUUCUGGUUCGAAGACCGACCUUGAUCUUCACUUUAUUCCAAGUAGAUACAUGUAUUUUUUUCAUAUUCUCCAGUGAAUAUGUAGAUUACACAUUCAACUUGCCUGAAGAGUCUUUAAAGGUUUAGAGUGGGACAUUUAUAUAGAGUUAUCAAACAGUGUGUGCGUUACUGAACUAAUUGCAAAUAUUGCAGGACCGUAAGUCAUAUGAUGCUAGUCCAUCCAUAUAUGUGCUCAUUUUCUUUUAUUAUGACUAGUGAGUCUUACCCAAGACCUACAGGUUAUUCACUUAAAGGGGCACUUUACACACCAGUACACUGCGGCACUCUGUUAUGAUUAUGACACUGUGUCAGGCUAAGCUGUCAAACUAUGUAAGAAUGGUUUAAUACUUACCUGGCUCUUUUGGGAACCCGCAGUUAUACCAGCCUGUACAGCUUUACUAAAGAAGAACUUCUUUGGGUCAUUACACAUGUAAUUAUCCUGGCAACAUGUCUUCGAUUGGAAAACUAGUGGGCCAUCCAUAGUUUGUAAUCUACCAUGUAAUAAAAUAUUAUAAUUCAUUACACUGUUAAGGUAGGAUUGACAUUUUUGCUAAGGCUCUCCUAAAUUCUCCAAUCUGCUUGUAGUGUAAUGGCAGUGAAUAGGCUGGGAGAUGCACUUCGAGCUUCAAGUUUACCUUCCUUGGCACAAUCAGCAUCCUUACACACGCUUCUUUAUGCUUCCUUUUUUAUUUUUUUAUUUUAUUUUUUUUGGACCUUUUAAAUACAUUACAACAGAGUCAAAGCUUUAACAUGACAGAACCACUUUAAAUGGUUCUUCAUUGUACUUAGGAACCCAGUGUUGAUACAGUAAACCAUUUUAUUAGUCAGUGUCCUGAUGAAUGUGAUGAGCCUAUGGCAACUAAUUUGGACCCAGAAUAAUAGAAUGGGGCUCAAUUAUGGGGUUAAAGCAGAUCUGUCCCAUAUCAAUAUUUCAUAAAGAUAUAUUCUUUAUGAAAUACUGAUAAGAUUUCAUAAUACCAAAUAGGAACUACUUUGUAUGAUGGUAAAGCCUGAGGUUGACUAUAGGCCCAGCUCUGCCGGCAACUUUAGUCCAAUAGGGGCCAAGUCACCUAAAUGGUGGUUUUAACGCUAUUGGGUCAGGAAUAAAUGUUUGUGUUCCUGACCCUAUAAUGUUCCUUUAAGCUUCUUUCUUUCUUUUGGUAAGGAUAUUAUGUGCAUAAUACUGACAACUAAUAAGUAAGUGUAUAUACUAUGUGAUGUAAUGUGAUUUAACUAUAAAUGAAGUGUUAUUUCUUUUUUGAAUGCUUUAAUGCUGAUUUUCUAUGUUCUUCACUGACUAGGACACGAGCCCUGGCAAAUUGCUGUCCCUUAUUCAUGCUUUUGAUAACACUGUGCAUGUAGUAUUGUGUAUGGAAUUACAACCUCAUGUCACCGAACCCAAAAAAAAUCAAAAUUUAGUGGAAACCAUUUAUUUCAAGGAUUGCAUCCUAAAUAAAUGUUUUUAUAAUCAGACGUCUAUUAAAUUUUAUUUUCUACACCUGCAACAUUUAUUUGAUCUCUUAAUUUAUUUCCUUUUUGACAAUGUUGAGAACGUUCUCAUCCUAAAUUAAUGUUACCAUACCUAUGUUCUCCUUCAGGGUGUGAUAGGCGUGCAGCUGGUUGUUACCAUGGUGAUGGCCAGUGUCCUUCAAAAGGUCAUACCUCACUAUUCUCUUGCCCGCUGGCUCCUCUGCAAUGGCAGGUAGUGUACAAACACUGUGUUCAGAUAUUUCUUAUUAUUCAGAAUCGUUUUCAAAAUGUCCAAAAAUAUAUUUUCUGACCAUAUGCUUAUGAUUUCAGAUGCCAGCAGGAAUUUCUCCAUUUUUUUUUUUUUUUGUUCAGUGCAUUUUAAAGGGACUUGUGGGUACAGCGCCCAUGGUUUGUGUGCAAAACCAUUUUCAGGCUGAGGCUGUCUCAGAACAUACAUCUGUAGCCAACCUUUCUCUCCUGAAUUGCAGGCAAACUAGCGGUUGUCUGCAAAAAAGGAACAGCCAAUCAGGAGAGACUUUUUAAUUAUGGGACAUUCCUUAAUGAGCAAUAGUGAUAUAUUGGCUGUGGUGCUAAGAUUCCACAUUUAAUUCAAAUUUGCCUUUACAACAUACAAACUACUGUAAUUCUAUUUUUCUUCUGUAAAUUCACUCCAUUAUUUGCCCAUUAAUUUAGCCAUGCACAGUUAAUCUUAUAGCUCUAAAGGUAUGAUUCCCUGUAGUGUAAUACAUUUGCAGAUUGCACAAGACAUUUUGAAAACAAAGUAAGAAAUUUAUACAGCAAUUGAUUGUUUCAUUCACUUCAUAAAAUUAUGGAAUAUUGCUCUACAUUUGUAUUGUGGAAUAAAAUUUUCACCAGCCCUCUUUCUAAAAUUAUGUUGCUAAGUGCCUUUAAAACUCCUCUGCUCAGCUCAAGGCUAUACAUUUGUGCUAAUAAAAAUAUUUUAUAUCUAUACUCCAAAUUUUCCUUGUUUCUUCCUCAACAGAUGAAUCUGGUGUUUCACUGCCUUUCACUGUUUCCCCAGAACCUGGUACAUAAAGACCAGUGCUAAUCACAUUUUUUGCAUUAUGUAAUGAGUGGGGAAUCAACUCGUAGUUUUUGCUGUUCCACUUUGAUCUUGCACAAUUAAUUUCAUCUAAACAGCUACAGCUAGUAGCAACAAUAUGAUUAACUGCUGUGACCGUGGUAGUGACAGUCAGCAGAAACAGAGGCAUAUAGCGCAGCUUGUAUUAUUGUGAAAUUCUGUUUGUUGUGCACCCUUACAAAUAUUUUUAUUCCUAGUAAGGAGAAUAGUGAGGAUCUGAUCAGUCUUAUCAGACUCCUUUUUUUUUUUUUUUUUUUCGUUGUCCCUGUUUCUUACUUUAAUAAUAUUAUCGGCAUUGCCACAGCAAUCCAAUUACAUCUUGUUGUGCUCUGCAUAGGAAUCCCAAAUGCUACAGAUCUCCUCAAUACAUCUUCUGCUGGUACAGACCUUAUGAUGCUACAGUCUGCCAAGGGGCUUUAAAGUGAACAUAUUCACUAUAAGUUCUUACCUUUCCUUAAAGAAACACUGGAGUUUUAGCAAUACCAAUGUGUAUUCCUAUCACUGUGUUGGCCAUUUUGGUGACUUUCUUCCACCUGCAAGGGGUAAAAAUUGUAUUUUACUUACCUUCUCUCCCACACAGUGCUGGUGUCAGUUGGAAUGCAACGUCUCCUUGGCCAAGAUCAAGAUUGGGAGCAGUGGGAGGGUAGAGUGCAUGUGCAACUAUGCCGCGCCAAUCGGUCUGAGACCAUCUGAUAGAAAUAGCAAAGUUUUACGCUGCAAUUUUCUCUGAAGUACUUCUAGUAGCAGUGUGAGUAACAGCCAUUAGAGGCAUUUAAACCCUGCAAUGAAAACCGAACAGCAAUGUUUUCAGCUACAGGAUUAAACCAGGGGUGUUCCUUUUAAGCAAUACAUAAUAAUGCUGCUGGUGGUGCCGUCACCCCACUCCCAUGUAUCUCACCUACCUAGAUAUCCUCACACAGAGUGCAUUUUCCCUAUGGUUCCUAUAUGCUGGUUACAUUGCCAGGACAUAGCUACCAGGAGUGACAUUACGACUGUAAGGAUGGGAAGGAAUUAAUCUUUGUCCCAGGGAGUUUAUUUCUUCAUCAUCAUCAUCUGCCUGUGCUAACAAAAGAGCCACUUCUGAUUCUGCAGUGCUGUUUGUCCACACAGGAGUAUAGACAUUGGAAAACAGCCAAAGCUAGAUCUUCCUGGUGAAUAUUUAUGAAUGAUAUAUGAACCUCACAUCUUUUCUGCCUGGUAUUAUGUGCAGUUAAUUUAGAGAGCUCAACUUCCCUCUCUUGUGCAUGCUUAUACCCAUGGUUUAUCAUUAUUAGUAUUAGUUAAUUAUCAACUGGACUUUGUACUUAUGUCUGUUCAUUCAGAUUUAGUUUAUUAUAAUUUUACAUAUUUUUCCAGCUUGUACUGGUAUCAGCACCCAACAGAGGAUGAACUACGAACACUUGCGGGGAAACAACAACUAAAGGGAAAAGGCAAGAAAGACCGGUAAUUUUUUAUUACUUCCUAAGUCACAGACAUACAAUUUUUGAAUGUGUAUGCAAAACUUGAUUCUAUUACUAAGAUACGAAUAAGUUAAAUUACUUAAGAUAUAUUUUUCCCUUGUGUGGUUAAACUUACCUGUAAGGGAAAAGUCAGACUCUAUUGAGAUAAUCCUGGUAAUCUUUGGUCCAAUCAGAUGCUUCUCAUUGGUUACUAUGCUUCUCGAUUAGAAGUAUUUGAUGUAAUUAUGUGUGAUGCCAAACUUAAAGGGUUACUCCAGCCUUUACAACUAAUGAUGUGUUUUUAUCGCAUCAUGCCCUAUAGGGCAUAUCUACCUAGCCCCCUGCCUAAAUGAUUCAAGUGUAUUUUACUGACCUGCGCUGAUCUCUCUCUUUCAUCCAACAUCAUGGCAGCUCUCCUGUAGCAGACAAACUGCACACAGGGAGGGAGGGAAGAACAACGCUUCCUCUUGCAGGCUAUUCCUGCACAGGUAGAUAUCUUUACGUCCGUUGCCAGCACGUUGUGCGUGCUGGCGACAGAUUUAAAAUGUGCACAAAAUUAAAUACAAAGUAUGCCAGGCAUGUAACUAGCCCCUAGCACAAAUUAGAAUGUGUCUGGAUGUGCAGCAGUUAAAGCAGAAACGCUACGCAUCCACACUCCUGCCACCAUGACUACUUCAAAUCAGUGAAGUGGUCAUGGUGGAUGGAGUAACACUUUAAGUCCUUUUGAAAAAUUGAAGGAGGUAAGAAAACAGAGCCUUGUUUAACCAAAUGUCUUCAUUGCCUUUUAUCAGAAACAGCAGUUUUUUUACAUUGUCAAAGAAAAAGGGUCGUCGUCUAUGCAACUAAACCACUACUUGAAGAUGUAAUGAUCCUAGUGCUUAGUGUCCCUUUAAAUUAAAUGCUCAAGAGUGGAUAAUUCAGGAAACAAGACAAUAUUUACCUAUUUCUGGCAUGUUUGAAGCAGCUCUUAUCUUUCCCUUUUGUCUAUUUAUACAUUAGACAAAGCAUAUCUAACAGUUCUUAUAAAAUACCUGUCAACAUACAUUCCAAAAUCAAGGACUGUUUGACAGAAACAUGUAUUAAAUUGGGUUUAUGUGAAACCUCUUUUAUAAUUUUUAAUUUUGUUUUAAAUGUUUUUGCCUUUUGUAUAAAUGUGUUGGCUUUAUGAGAGCCAUUAAUAUCUCAAUUAUUGUUCCCAAGAAAUACUUAAAACCAAAUAAUAAUUUCUAUUCCUGUGUUAACUUUUCUAUUCUCUGUUAAGCAUGGAUAUUUAAACUUGUUCCAUACAUUUCUCUAUUUUACUUUUGCUAUAAAUCGUGGAAGCUCUGGAAACCGGAUGUAGAGGUAAAAUGAAGCCAGGCAUUGAAAAUUUUCUAUUUUUAUAAUUUAUGCAGAAAAUAUAAUGGUCAUAUUGAGAAUAAACCUUUAACUAUUCCGAAGGACAUUGACCUGCAUUUGGAGACAAAAUCUGUUACUGAAGUGGAUGCUUUAGGUAAGUGCAAGUAUGUCGGGAAGUGAGUGCAUUUUGGUAUUUACUUGGAAUAAGUAUGUACUAUUUAUGUAUUUUUAAGAACCUUUUUCUCCCUUUUUUUUCUUUUUUCUUUUAGCUCUACACUAUUUUCCCGAGUACCAGUGGUUGGUAGAUUUUACUGUUGCAGCCACUGUGGUUUACCUUAUCACUGAAGCUUACUACAGUUUGAUGGUCCCAUCCCAGGAAAUGAAUAUUAGCAUAGUAUGGUGUAUGCUUGUUCUGGCGUUUGCAAUGUAUCCUUUCUUAAGAGAAAAUAGGGGUUUUAUUUAGAAAUAGCAGGAUGGAAAUGGUGACUCUGAGAUGGUGUUAUCCCUAGGAAAUUGUUUGUUUAGCCCAGUGGUAGUCAACCUUUUUCUACUUACCGCCCACUAAUGCAUCUUUCUUGAUGGAAAAAGUUCCUUACCGCCCACCAGUUUUCACGCAAGUGCAGAAUAUUUUUUUAGAAAGGAGGGUGUUUUCAAAAACAAAUGUACGUACAUUUAUCUUUUUAUUUCUACUUUAUGCAUGUUUAUAAUGUUUUUAACAAAGUAAAUUGAAAUUACCUUUACUAGUGAUUAAUGAGAUCCUUGAGGUUGAUGCUGCGAGUCUAAAUAUUUGAUAUCUGGUUAGAUUUUCGUAAGGAACAAACUAAGGUCUCCUCUUUCAGUGCUAUUCAGACGAUUUCUCUGUUUGCUCAUAUGAUUUCUCAUCUGUGCAUCAGCUCCCCUCCUCUCCCUCAUCAAUUCCCAUCCCCACCUUUUUCACCCCUUUUUUUUUCUAGUUUUUAACCUUCCCUAUAGCAAUGCCCAGUAGGAAGGCUGAGCUAUGUAGCCCACUUACUAUUAUUAGCCAACAACAAUUCUCUCAUUUUCCUUCUUUCUCCUUUUUUUACAAGUACUCUGCUCCUUCACUCUCCUUUUUACAAGUACUCUGCUCUUUCUUUCUCCUAUUCUACAAAUACUCUGCUCCUUUUUUCUUCUAUUCUACAAGUACUCUGCUCACAGACACACAUUCACACACUCACAAACACACUCACACAUACACUUAGACACACACACACUCACAGAGAUACACUCACAUAUACUUAGACACAUACACUUACAUACACACACACUCACAGAGAAACACAUGCACACAAACAUACACACACUCACACUUACAGACACACACACUCACAAAUACACUUAUAGACACACAAAUGAUUAAUCUUAAAUGUCCACCCAGCCUCCCUACCUGGAGAGCUUGUGUGGAUCUGUCCCUGGGGUCCAGUGGGGCUUCACUUCGGCAGGUGGAAGAGUUCUAAUCCGAGGCGGUGAGGGGGCUCUAACCUCUCUGCUCCCUCCCGCGAUGUUUACUGAUGCCAGGAGCCGUCAUAUUCCGGCUCCUGCAGCAUCAGCAAACCUCGCGCGAGGGAGCAGAGCAGAGAGGUUAGAGCUCCCUCGCCGCCUCGGAUUAGAACUCUGCCGCGCCGGUGGGUCCAGAAGGUGGCCUGGCAGGAGGAAGUGCUUUCCUCCUGCCAGUCACUGAAAUCUUGCGCCCACCUGCCCACUCUAAAAAGGAGAAAUCCUCUCAAAAAGAGGAUUUAGCCGCCGAAAUCCCUACCGCCCACUUGUGGGUGGGAGGGACCAGGUUGACGACCCAUGCUUUAGCCCUUGUCGAACAUCUAUCUUCCCAAGCUAUCGACCCUUUUUGGUCGUGUUUCGAAACAGCUAUAGAGUUAACGGCUGCUCAGUCCCAAAUAAUUAUACCUGUCCCACAGCAAGAUAAUUCAAAAAUAUGCUUCUUUGUUAUACGUGCUGCAAUAAUUUAACACUCCUGGACCUUACAGGAAUAGCACUACAGGAGCAAGGGGAAGCAGGUAAGAAAGUGUAUAACAACUAUCAAAGCAAUUUAAAUAGAUUGCGUAUCUUAAAGGACCACUAUAGUGCCAGGAAAACAUACUCGUUUUCCUGGCACUAUAGUGCCCUGAGGGUGCCCCCACCCUCAGGGUCCCCCUCCCGCCCGGCUCUGGAAAGGGGAAAAGGCGUUAAACGUACCUUUUUCCAGCACUGGGCGGAGAGCUCUCCGCCUCCGAUCCGCCCUGUCGGCUGAAUGCGCAGGCGCGGCAAGAGCUGCGUGCGCAUUCAGCCGGUCACAUAGGAAAGCAUUAUCAAUGUUUUCCUAUGGACGCUUGUGUGCUUUCACUGUGAUUUUCACAGUGAGAAGCACGCAAGCGCCUCUAGUGGCUGUCAAUGAGACAGCCACUAGAGGCUUUGGGGGAAGGCUUAACCCAUUCAUAAACAUAGCAGUUUCUCUGAAACUGCUAUGUUUAUGAAAAAAUGGGUUAACCCUAGAAGGACCUGGCACCCAGACCACUUCAUUAAGCUGAAGUGGUCUGGGUGCCUAGAGUGGUCCUUUAAUGAUUAAAUAUAUAUUUGUUCUUUUUGGGGCUACACUGAAACUGAUUUGAGAGAUUUACUUUAAGAUGGAUUAAUGAUUCGUUUCUGGAGUUUGCUCAUUUUGCCCAAAAUGAGUCUGCCUAGACUUCUCUGGGGAUUAAUUGUGAGAAUUUGGCCACAAUUAGGAAAAUCCUGCGUUUAUAGAUGACUGGUUCUUGUAUGAACAUAGGGAAAACAUGAGACACAUCCACUGGUUUUUGUGCCGAAUUUUAGAAUACACUUAUCUGUGAUGUGGCCGUUCCAGGUGUGAUCCCUUUGGCACUUGAUUUAUGAAAAAUGAAAGGAACAUCAUCUACAGCAAAUUGCUGACAGCUGUGUAUUUCUUAAUAUGGCUCUUAAAUAUUGUCUACUAUCUUUAUUACUCCUUAACCAAACUCCACCAGUAAAGUGCUCUUCUCGUUAACAACCCAUUACUUCAAAGUUCAAGAUGGUGGAGAAAGGUCAUUGUGUGUUACAUUUGGAUUUUUCUUCUUUGUCAAAGCAAUGGCAAUUCUCAUUGUGACUGAGAACUACUUGGAAUUUGGACUUGAGACUGGUAAGAAUAAACAAUAAAUAAGUUGGAACUAAAAAAUGUUAUGUACAUAAUAACUCUGUAUAUAUUUGACUCUCCAUUGUAGUUUUUGUAAUUAUUUAUGAUUUGAGAACUUGCCUGAUAAAAUUUGGAAGAAAUAGUCAGACGAACAUGUUUGGAUUGGAUGUUGCCUUUCAUAGACUUUAUAUUUUUCAUUUUUAUUAUUAUGACUAAUGGAGAGAGCAAAAAUCCUUCUUCACUUUCUCUAAAAGUAAUAACCACUAUUAGACAAUGAUCAGUAUAAAGGCUUGCAAACAUCCCAUCACUGUGCACUUGUUAAAGUUAGGCUUACAGCUACCAUGUUGUAUUAAAAUUUAUUAUAUUUAUUGAAGUUGCUCAGAUCUGUCCUGUCCAUGUGCAAAAAGCAUAGACGUCCGGUUUCAUCCCGUGUGCUCUGACAGCAUAAAUAGCUCCUUCAACGAAAGAGCACUACUUUUAUAAUGCCUUAAUUAUUCCAAUUUGAUUAAAAUGUCUAUUUUUCUGUGCCGCUCAAAUCUGCAGACUUGCGAUUAUUCACAAUUGUCUAUAUAUUUUAAAUCUGCUCCGUAGGAAAUAGUGGCUUUCUCAUGCGCAUUUUGGGGACAUUUUACAUGUAAAUACUCUGACAUUAAAUGUGAUUUCCCCCCUUACUUUGGCUUCUAAUGGAAUCUGUUUAGGCUUGGAAUGGAGUUAAUAUCUCAAUAACUGGUUUGUUUUCCGUGCUGGGUGUACUUCCUGGUUUUCAUGGAAGAAAAUAUAUAAUGAGCAGUGCACUGCCUUUUACAAUACCUUCAAUUUAAAGGAACAUGUUGGUAUUUUUUGUUCGAUAAACCUCACCAUCACUUGGCAAAGAACCUGCUCUGCUUCACUUGCCUAACGAAUGCAUAAAUAUGUGUUAAAACUGGCAAUUAUCUUUUUACAUUACAUUAUUUCUGUUUGCCUUGUUAGCAAUUUAUAUAACAGAAAAACAAAAUGUUCUCGGUUGUCCUUGUACAAAGAAAUCCACUUGCCUGCCAUUACCAUCUAUGUUUUUCCUGCAGGCUUUGCAAAUUUUUCAGAGAGUGCUGUUCAGUUUCUCGAAAACCAAGGCCUUGAAACCAAGUAAGUGGUUUAUUUUCUGUUGUUGACACAGAAAAAGUGCUUGCUUGUUUGCAGUGUUUUGAACUCUACUUGUAUGGUCAUAUGGCCCUGGUUAUAGCAAAUAAUAAAUGUAAUGCCCCUUAAUUUCUUUGGAAGUUGUAUUGAACGAAAUCUAAUCCUAAUUAUUACUAGUUGUUAGAUUUUGAUUUUUUAAUUCAUGUAGCUCAGUUACCUGUUUGACUGCUUUUAUUAUAUGUUUGAAUGCAUGUACUUUUGUCUCUCUGUUUAGAAAUGUUUAUUAUAUUAUACUGGUAUGCUUGCAUGGACAUUAGGUGUUUAUAAGCAUUAUGUGGUGAUUCCCAAGCUCCUGCAGUGGAUAUGAUACAUAUGAAAGUGUGUGACUACAACCGAGCAAAUGGUGGUUUAAAUGUUGGCUUCUGGAAAUAUGACUCCCUGAAGAUCUCCUUUAUGGAUGCUGCCACCUUACCCUUUAUCUGUGUAUUGCUGCUUCAUCCACUGUUGUACUUUUGCGCAUUCACAAAAGUUUAAAACUGAGGUGAAAGAUCUAUAGAACGUCUCUUAUUACAUGACUCUCAACAGUUGCUUGGAAAUGACAAGUUGACAGCAGAGGCUCAAUGUCGAUAUUCUCCAUAACACAAUCUAAUCUGUUUUUUGUUUUAAAGAACUCUCAUUGCAGUCAAAAUGAGUUUCUCAAAUAUUCUUUUAUACUGCUGCCUUUAAAGGACCACUAUAGGCACCCAGACCACUUCAGCUUAAUGAAGUAGUCUGGGUGCCUGGUCCAGCUAGGGUUAACCCUUUUUUUUUUUUAUAAACAUAGUUUCAGAGAAACUGCUAUGUUUAUAAAUAGGUUAAUCCAGCCUCUAAAGCCUCUAGUGGCUGUCUCAUUGACAGCCGCUAGAGGGGUUUGCGUGCUUCUCACUGUGAAAAUCACAGUGAGAAGACGCAAACGUCCAUAGGAAAGCAUUAUGAAUGCUUUCCUAUGAGAGUGGCUGAAUGCGUGCGCAGCCCCUGCCGCGCAUGCGCAUUCAGGCGGAGAGGAGGAGGAGGAGGAGGAGAGCUCCCCGCCCGGCGCUGGAGAAAGAAGUAAGUUUUAACCCCUUCCUCUCCUCAGAGCCCGGCGGGAGGGGGUCCCUGAGGGUGGGGGCACCCUCAGGGCACUAUAGUGCCAGGAAAACGAGAAUGUUUUCCUGGCACUAUAGUGGUCCUUUAAUAUUCAAAAAUGGCAGUGUCCAGUUUCUGGUAUUAUAGCAAGAUACAGUUUUCACUUUAGAAUGCUGUGUUUUCGGUUGUCGUCUUCUUAAAUGUGACUUAUUGAAAUUCAACUUUUAUGUGGUUCAUUAUAUAUCCUUCUCUUUGGUUAAUUUUUCCUUUUUGUUAGUGCGUAAUAAAACAGACUUCCAGAGCUUUGGAAAAGGGUUAAGGUUUGGGGUGUUUUUGUAUGUGUUUUUUUUUUAUAUACUUUACUAUUAUUCUGUAGGCAUUUUGGACCUGCCUAAUCGACUGCAGUUUAUGUUUAAAACUUAUUGUAUAAAUCAGUUCCAUUUUCUGGCCCUCUUUGAUAGAAGUGAAAGUGGGAAUAACUAAAGCUAUUUGAUAUCUCUCACUAUAGAGGUCCAGUCUCGCAGCUGACUUUCAAGUUCCUUCUUGCUGUCCUGUGUUCAUUCAUUGGAGCUUUCUUGACAUUCCCUGGCUUGCGCCUUGCCCAGAUGCACCUGGAUGCACUAAACCAAACAACGGAGAAACUGACUCAGUAAGUCAUUUAUGUUAAUGCCUAAAUAAAACCAAAGCCAGUGGCAGGGUUUGCUGAUUAGCAGUAGGACAUCUUACAAAAACAUGCUGAUUUUAAAAUGUUCCUUCUGUUUUUUUGUUUUUUUUUUCUUCAGGUUUCUACUCCAUAUAAACUUUUUAGCUCCUCUCUUAAUGGUUCUGCUUUGGGUGAAGCCAAUAACCAAGGAUUAUAUUCUGAAUCCACCAUUAGGCAAGGAAAGUGUGCCUUUGUAAGUUUUCUUAUUAAAAUACUUGUUUAUAUGUCACAACAGCUGGGGAAUUGAAAUGUAAGAAGGUACAUAUUUUUGUAUGUUGGAUGACAAAGCUUUACAAGAAUGUUGGUGUCCCUUCCAGUCUUUCAGUAAGUUAUUUAAUGCAGCGUAAUUCCUGAAUUACUGUAGUGUCCCUCAAUUGGAAGGAUACAUCUUUUGACUAUCACUAGAUAGCUAUAAUCUGCAGCACAUCCAUCUCUCUGUGAAAACUAUUAUCUUUUUUUUUUUCUUCUUUUUUUCUCUUUCUUCUCCCCAUACAUCCUUUGUGGCAGUACUAGGCAUGUUCCUCCUCUGGACAUGUAGUCCUAAGAAUGCAAUAAAAUAGACUGAGAUCCCGAGCUAAGCUGUUUAUUUAUCCCUUGUAGAAUGACUGAGGACUCCUUUAAUUCCUUACGUCUCUGGAUCAUCAUUUUGUUGUGUGCAUUGAGACUGGCUUUGAUGCGUCACCACAUGCAAGCGUAUUUAAAUUUAGCACAAAAAUGUGUGGAUCAAAUGAAGAAGGAAGCAGGCAGAAUAAGCACCGUGGAACUACAGAAAAUGGUAAGAUUUAGUAUAGAAUGGUCAAACUUCUAUGAUGCUUUAAAGGAACACUAUAGGGUCAGGAACACAAACUUGUAUUCCUGACCCUAUAGUGUUUAAUCCACCAUUUAGGUGGCUUGCCCUCCCUUAGAAAAUUUUAACUCUCCUUGUUUCCUGAGCCACGCAGGUCCGCCGGCGCUGUCCCUGCCCCUGAUCCACCUUCUUGGUGACUUCAUCAGAAUUUUUCAGUCAAUCCAAUGCACUUCCAUAGGGGAUGGGGGCAGGACCAAACACUGUUUUGGCCAAUCAUCACCUCCUCCUAGAGAUGCAUUAAAUCAAUGCAUCUCAUGAGGAACAUUCCGCGUCCCCAUGCAGGGCGUGGAGAUGCUGAAUAGUAGUGCUGCCUACUGUGCAUCACUACCCCAGGAAGCACCUCCAGUGGCCAUCUGAGUAGUGGCCACUGGAGGUAUUCCUAGGGGUCAAUGUAAACACUGCCUUUUCCCUGAAAAGGCAUAUACAUGACAAUGCCUGCAGGAGAUGAUUAUACUCAGCAGAACAAUUGCAUUAAACUGUAGUUGUUCUAGUGACUAUAGCAUCCCUUUAAUGUUUGGAACGUGUAAAUGUUGGUAAGAUAGGACUGCAAUUUCCUGCUUCUAAAUGUUUCCAUAACGUGAAUAAUGGUGAAAUAUCUUAUUUUAUCUUAUUUUCCAUUGUUAUGGUGUAUUUUUCUUUGCUGCUGUCCUUUUAGUGGUCUGUAAUUUUAUUUUGAGCCACGUUGCCUUAUCUACCUUGUGGAAUUCUAACAGCAAUUUUCUUGGUUUUAGGUUGCUCGUGUGUUUUAUUACCUUUGUGUUAUUGCACUACAAUAUAUGGCCCCUCUGGUGAUGCUCCUCCACUUGACUCUGCUUCUAAAAACGCUAGGUAUGAAAGGCUACGCUGGGUUGAUGUUCACAAAGUGUUCUAGAAAUGGAUGGGUGUGUACAUAGUGCAGGAGAAUCCAUGCUGUCUAAAAAAUUUACUUAAUGCGCUAUUUAAAACAUUGCAAGUAAUGUCUACUUAAAAUUAUGGUUUAGUACUUAUUCGUUCAGUGUUUGGUUGUUUUUUUUUUUUAAUUUAGUUUAUAUAUUUUUUUUAUUAGGUAAUCAUACAUGGGGUUUCUACGAGGAUUCACUGGAUGUUGGUCAUGGAUCGCACUCUCUUGUUUCUGAACUUCCGUGUCCUGAUGAAAAAACAAAAGCAACCGUUAGCCAAAUUACAAUGGCACUAGGUGGACUAAAAAACAUUUUUACUCCUCUGCUUUUUCGGGGACUGCUAUCAUUUCUCACCUGGUGGAUUGCAGCCUGCCUUUUCUCUAUAAACCUUUUUGGUUUGUUUUACCACCAGUAUUUAAUUGUGGCAUGAUUCAGACUUAAUCAUAAUGUUCGAAGGACCAACAUAAGGCCAGAUGUACUGGUGCAGCACAAGUCUACUUGCAAAUAUGCCGACCGCAACAUGUCUUGUUUCAAUGUUUCCUCUGGAAUCUCAGGGUAAAUAUUGUUUAGAAUCACUGUUGAGCAUUUAAUCUUCAUUACCUCAGUGGAAGAAUACUUAACUGCUGAUUUUGAUCCUGUAAUAAGUGUUUUUUUGUUUUUGUUUUUUUUUUCAUCUCCUUUUUUCUUCAAAGACAUCUCUCCCAUUGAACUUGUUUUGCACUCACAUUGUUCUUAGAUUUUCACCAAGUAUGGAUGACCACUCUAAAAAGAGUGCCUUUUUUUCGUUUACCAUUGUAUGACUUUUUUUUUUUUUUUCCUCUAUAACUAUCUGAGCCAUAUGAAGAAAGAUGAGGUUUAACGAUAACCAAGAAAUAAAUUGUUACUACUGUUGGAGCUGUCAAUUUUUAAUGACAUAAUCCAACAGGACAGAAUGUAUUUCUACUGUAUAUUACAGUAAAGAAAGCUGUGUGGGCGUACACGAGCAACUGCGUGUUUUCCUGAACCCUUAAUAUGCCUGAACGGCAAUUGUGUUUUUCACAUGCAAAUGUUGUUCAGUAGUUUAGUUCGAUUUAAAUCUGUUUCAUCAAUGACACUUGACAGAUGUUGGUGCUAGUGUUUAAGCCACACAGGGCUGUGUGAGGUUUAUAUGCUAACGUAAUUGUUUAAUAAUCUAAAUCAUAUCGCUCAAAAUAAUCACUUUUAAAUUGCUUGGCAAACUUGGAAUCUGGUGGUGGGGGAAAGAUAUGUUGUAUAUUAAAUAUAUAAUAUAUCAAAAUUUUAAAAUUAUUUUGAAACAAUGUUACAUGUAUAGAAUUAUCAAAAUUUGUCAUCCAACACUCAAUUAUUUAUUUUUCCACCCCAUAUUUCUUUAAGGGCUUUAUUGCGAAUUGUUCAUUAUAAACUGCCUGUAAAAUAUAUAUAAUUUUUUUUUUUACAUGCAAAAAUAUAUGUAUAUGCAAAGGUUUUAAAACUUUUAUAUAAUUUAUACGUUCCAGACACGCACACUUUUGUUUGUGGAUUUUUUUUAUUUUUUUUUCUUCAUUCAGCAUCCUUUUGAAUAAAACAUUUGUAGCCCAGAGAAUGUUAAUCCUUACACCAUUCGUUCAUUGGUAAUACGUAGGUUCCCACGGUGCCACAAAAUCCAACAAUGGCAGGAAUUCAUUGGAUAGGCCAAAAAGCAACUGUCAAAGCCUUGUUCAUUUUGACUGCACUUUCCAUUGCUUGUGUAACCCACGUGGCCUUAUAUAGAGUUUUUCAACUUGCUUGUCAGAAGUCUCAUUAGAAUCUUCUUUGAUAUUUGAUCUUGGAUUAGAAGUGCAAAACUUGCAAGGUAUCUGACUAUGAAAAUAUUUUGGCACCUUGAAGGAACACUAUAGUGUCAGCAAUACAAGCAUCUAUUCCUGACACUAUAGUGUUUAACUACUUAGGUGACCAGCCCCCUCCAAUUGCAUGGGAAAGGUGUGUUUACUCCCCAUUUUUCCCACUCCGGCCACGUCAUGGAUAGCCCCACCCUUGUGGCUGAGAUCAUCACGUGUGUGAACUUCCUUUUCUCUGAAAAAGCAGCGUUUACAGUGCUCUUCCUGCAGGGACAGGCUAUAGACACCACCUUACGUUAAAGGCAAAUGUUUCUUUGCGCUCCUACAAAAUUACUUCUACACACCUUACUUUGGAGUAUGUGACAUGAGGACAAACUAAAACUUUAAUGCCACCCUUGAAGUGGUUUGUGGGUGUUUUAAUCUCUAUGCUUAACAGUUCUAGAAAUAAAAAGCUGUAAAAACAAAUGUUUUUUUUUUUUUUUUAGUUCUUUUAUUUUUUCAUUUGAUCUUAAAAUAAGGGUCUACAAGAAAACCCCCAAAUCUCAAUGUGUGAUAGAACUGUUAUUUUAAAACCUUCUCAUUCUAUAAAGUAUAAAAAUAAAUCUUGUUGAUGUUACAAUUGAUUGCAAUAUGUACCAACAAUUUUAAGGCUUUUUUUAAUGGAUUUAAGCCACACAAGCCUUUGAAGUGGUAUGAAUGAAGAAAAAAAGAAAUGUAGGUUCACUUAAUAUUGACUGAAGUUUAUUGCAUGAAAACUAGAAUCCAAUUAAAAUAUGUAGUGGAAUGUUUCAGUUAAAACCGAAUAUUAGGAAACAAGAUAUCACAUCCCUGCUCACAAUGAGAAGACCGAUAAUCCCCAGCUAGGGAUAUGGCAAAAGAGGUAGACACAAAUUAAAUGUGACUCCACAAUGCACUCAGUAAUGCGACAAGUAUCCACUAAUCUAAUAGUGCCAUUUAAGCUCAUUUAGUGUGUGUGGAUGGCACAGACCCCACCAACACAAAUAUAUGGUGUAUGUCUCAUCACGAAUUCGUAGUCCACGAUAUAUAUUGAAGACAGGAAAAACAAUGGUACCGUAUCUAAUGAAUCGAUGAUAAAUGUUUAUAAAAGCUCACAAAGUGUUGCACCUUCCUGGCUCUAAGAAAGACAUAUGUUUGUGGAAUGUCCUAUCUAUCUAUCUAUCUAUCCAUCUUUCUGUAUGAAAGAACUGAAAUGCAGAUGCCCAGAAGCUGACUGCUAAGAGAUUGUGAGUUGUGACAGUCAACUUCACAGAGAUUUGAGUGGGACACGAUAGCUGGAAUAGCUCUUUUUAUGUUUCCCAAACCCCUUCCUCCACAAUGUGAGAAUUUUUAUUAUUGGUUUAAUAAAUUUGUUUUACUUUUUACAUGUCCUCUCUCUUGCCUUUUUUAACAAUCCUUUCAGCAGAAUUCAUGGUGGGGCUGGAGGCUAAUGUUAGUGUGGAAUCUUGAUUUGAACCCUGGGAUACGGAUUAAAG